CAAAAAAGCCAAACAUUGCAAAAUGGCAAGCUAAGACACUGUUUGAAAUGCAUGAGAUAUGGUGCAUGCACAGAAGCUGAUAUUAAGCUUCUUCACUCUUGCGUUGUAGGCAGAGGGCCAAAUCAACCUAAACUCCCUAAUCAAAAAUUCCAUCAAAUCUUAAUAAUAACCUCUUGGAAUGCACAUAGAGAUAAAAUAAACAAAAUAAGAUCAGAACAGUUUGCUAAUGAAUUAGACCAAAAGUUAACAAGCUUCUAUAGCAGCAAUGAGAUUAAUUCAUUUUUGAAAGAUGCUUUAUGGGACUUACACCAUUUUUGCACACAAAACCAUUCAGAAUUGCUCAAAAUUUGCAUAAGACUAUCUAUAAUGGUUAAAAAGAAUAUAGCCACUGAAUGCUGUGCAACAAAUAGAGCUGAGGCUAGAGUAGUAGGCUGGAAAUGUAACUCAUUAGAUAAAACUGGCAAGCUAGUUCUGGAGACAGUCUUUAUUGAGCUAACAUCUCCUUCUACUUUUAUACAAUUAGAUGGACUUCUACUAAAUGUAGUUUUUAUGCAUUGUGCACAGAUUAGUGUCAAGUGCAUUAUGCCCAAUGGAAAGAUUCUUCAAAUUAGCAGAGAUCAGAUUCCAUUAAUACCCAACUUUGCAAUGAUAGACUACAACUUACAACAUCACACAAAGUCCUACAAUGUAGUAGAUUUGAACAACUGUAGAAAUCACCAGUCUAUAUACAUAUGUCUUUCCAGAGAGUUUUCAUAUGAGAGCAUAGCUAUUAUCCAAGGAUUUGAUAACAAAAAGAUUAGAAGUGGUAUACCUGGCUAG